AUGAAUUUUUAUACAAGCGCAGUGUCGAACAGCAGUUCAAACGGUACAGAUGAUGAAGGGUGUAUGUUGAUUAACACCACUCAAAAUGUGAUUAUAACAGGUGCGUACAACGGUAUUCCUCAGACUUUAAUACUGAACUUGGUGUCGUGGACAUGCCUCAUUGCGUUGUUCACUGUGCUCCGGCGGACGGCGUGGAACUACGGGCGAAUGGCGCUCGUUCAGCGCACGAAGAGCCGAUGGACAAAUCUAUUUUACCGCGGAGGUGAUGGCGAUGCUUUAGUAAACAGAAGACGAAGCGCCGACGAGACCCUUAACAUAGAUGAAGGGUUCUUUACAUGGCUGCCAGCAGUGUUCCGCCUAACUCGUGAGCAGGUUCUUUCCAAGUGCGGCCCCGAUGCUGUACACUACCUAUCCUUCCAAAGACAUGCAAUAACAUUGAUGUUCAUUGUGACGCUUGUGUCUAUUGGGCUGAUCCUGCCUAUAAACUUCCAAGGCACUAAUCUAAAUGUGGACUCUAGUACCUUCAGUAGAACUACUUUGUCCAACUUGCCAGGGAGAUCAAACUGGCUAUGGGUACAUACUCUAGUAAGCAUCUCCUUUCUUCCAAUAUCUGUCCUGAUCAUGAGACGGUGUACAGGACGUAAACCUGUGCCAACAUCCAUGACUGGCACAAUUAUGAUAACAAACAUAUCAAAAGCUGAUAGGAAUGAAUCCACAAUAAGAGCUUAUUUUACUAACAACUUUCCUAACAUUCAAAUAGUAGAUCUCAGACUUGCCUACAACAUCAAUAUGUUAAAUGAAGUACAAGAAAAGAAAGAUAUGGUCACCGAAGCCUUAAUAUACACUGACUCUUACUUUAAGAAAACUGGGAAACGCAUUACUGUGAAGGCUUCAUGGUGUGGUCCAGAACUGGAUGCACUGGAGUUCUACACCAAUGAAGAGAAGCGACUCAAAGAUGAAGCAAAAAGAUGCAGAGCUAUGGUCUUGAAUGACCCUCUUGGUAUUGCCUUUUUAACUUUACCAUCAUACCAGCUUGCUGAACAUGUAAUCAAUAACUUCAAUUUGCAUUAUGGCUGGGUUUUGUCUCAUGCAACAAACCCCUCUGACAUAAUUUGGGAAAACUUAAGUGUACAACCUGGUGUGUGGUACCUGAAAGCUAUUGUAGUCAACUUCUUCUUAUUUAUUGUGUUAUUCUUUUUGACAACCCCUGCAAUUAUUGUCAAUCUAUUCAAUACAAUGGUAGCAAAACCUGAUGCUCUAGGAAAAAUUAGCACUGUAAUUUUUGAAUUCCUCCCUACCUUGCUUCUGUGGACGAUGGCCGCUGUCAUGCCAGCUAUUGUUGCAUUCUCUGACAAAUUUCUUUCUCACUGGACUAAGUCCCAACAGAACUACUCCAUCAUGACUAAAACUGUUUCAUUCUUAUUGUUAAUGACUCUGAUCCUGCCCUCAUUGGGUCUUGCCAGUGCUGAAGCAUUUGUCAGGUGGACGAUACACCACGAAACUGACCCAAUGCGCUGGGAUUGUGUAUUUUUACCCGAUAAAGGCGCAUUCUUUGUUAAUUACGUCAUUACUUCGGGUUUUAUCGGAACCGCACUGGAACUGAUCCGGUUUCCGGAACUGUUUCUCUACGUUUGGUAUUUACUACAGUCUAAAUCUAAGGCAGAAAAGAGCUACGUAAAGCGAGCCAUUCUUUAUGAGUUUCCAUUCGGAGUUCAUUAUGCUUGGAGCAUAGCAAUAUUUUCAAUUACGAUGGUUUAUAGCCUCGCGUGUCCGCUGAUCGCACCGUUCGGCUUAUUGUACAUGAUGUUUAAACACGUUGGUGAUAAACAUAAUCUGUUUUUCGCCUACGGUCCGUGCGACAUGAGUGGUGUUGGCGGUGGGAGGAUCCACGCUACAGCCGUUAGACUUAUUCGAGUUUCAGUUCUCUUGCUUCUCGUUAACAUGGCUGCUUGGGCUGGUUUAAGAGCAGGCUUUGAAGCUAGAACUAUAAUUUUGAUAAUGGCAUCGAUUGUUGCUUUUGGAACAUUUUUGUUACUCAGCCCAUUCCCGAGCUGCACGCCUCCUGCCCCGCUGCAGGAAGAGCCUAGUAUCAGAUUCCCAGAGUACAUUGCGCCUGCGUUGACUAAACCCAUUGAUUCUCCCCCUAGUACGGCAGCCACGACCCCGGAUUAUGGGGCUUCAUCACCUGUAACGACGCAUUCUUAUAGUCCCGACCCAAUUAAUAUAUAA